AUGGUCAAGAAUGCUAGCUGCAACCCUGUUUUUUGUCUUUGCUUCUUGUUCUUACUGUUUUGGUCUAUUUUCUUGGCCACGGCACAGAACACCCCAGUUAAUGUUGGUGUGGUUCUUGACUUUGAUACCGGGUUCGGGAAGAAGGGUCUGACCUGCAUCAACAUGUCCCUCUCUGACUUCUAUGCCUCUCAUUCUUACUACAACACUAGGCUUGUUCUGCACAAAAGAAAUUCCCCUUCAGAUGUUGUUGUCACAGCUUCUGCAUCUCUGGACCUAAUAAGGAAUGUUAAAGUGCAAGCAAUCAUAGGUCCAGAAUCAUCCAUGCAGACCAAAUUUGUAAUCAGCCUUGGAGACAAAGCCCAAGUGCCCAUAAUUUCAUAUUCUGCAACAAACCCAUCUCUCACUUCCAUUCGGAGUCCAUAUUUUCUCAGAGCUGCACAAAAUGACUCAUCCCAAGUGAAAGCCAUAAGUGCCAUCAUCCAAGCCUUUGGUUGGAGAGAAGUAGUGCCCAUCUAUGUUGACAAUGAGUUUGGGGAGGGAAUCAUACCUUCCCUUUCUGAUGCUCUGCAAGAAGUUGAUGCUCGAAUCCCCUACCGGAGUAUCAUUUCUCCAAAGGCCACUGAUGACCAAAUUGCGGCAGAGCUUUACAAGUUGAAGGGAAUGCAAACUCAGGUCUUCAUUGUGCACAUGCUACCUUCUCUUGGCUCUCGGCUUUUCGGCAAGGCAAAUCAGAUUGGCAUGAUGGAGGAAGGGUAUGCUUGGAUAAUGACUGAUGGAAUUACCAACUCAUUCAGUUACAUAAAUUCUUCUGUCAUAGAAAAUAUGCAAGGGGUGUUGGGUAUAAAAACUGAUGUCCCAAAUACAAAAGAGCUUGAAAGUUUUAGAGUUAGAUGGAAAAGGAAAUUCCAACAAGACAAUCCAACUGUCCAUGGUGUUAAACUUGAUGUUUUUGGAUUUUGGGCUUAUGAUGCUGCUUGGUCACUGGCCAUGGCAGUUGAGAAAGUUGGGGCUAAAAACUUCAGCCUCCAAAAGAUGAAUAGGACAUCUGGUAAUUCUAGUACUACUGCUCUAAAAGGAUUUGGGAUCUCUCAAAAUGGUCCUCAACUUGUCCAAGCACUAUUAGCUACAAGUUUCAAAGGCCUUUCAGGAGAUUUCAGUCUUCUUAAUGGCCAACUACAAUCAUCAACUUUUCAGAUAGUUAAUGUGUUUGGCCAUGGAGAGAAAUUGGCAGAUAUUCUACUUCUGAUAUUAGUCUUGGAUCCAUUAUAUGGCCUGGAGAUACCACCUCUGCUCCCAAAGGUUGGCAAAUUCCUACAAGACGGUUUUUCAACAUUUGUGACUGUGACUUACGACCCUGGGACUAAUACAUCUACUGUCAAUGGUGGAUACUGCAUAAAUGUCUUCGAAGCUGUAAUAAAAUCGUUACCGUACACUGUUCCUUACGAGCUCUAUCCCUAUGCAAAGCCUAAUGGUGAGGCCGCUGGCAGUUACAAUGACUUGGUCAAUCAAGUAUUUCUUGGGAACUAUGAUCCUGCAGUGGGAGAUAUAACCAUUAGAGCAAACAGGUCCUUAUAUGUUGACUUUACAUUGCCAUACACAGAAUCUGGGGUGUUCAUGGCUGUGCCUAUCAAAGACAACAAAAGUAAGAAAGCAUGGGUGUUCUUGAAGCCUUUGACAUGGGAACUGUGGGUAACAAGCGGGUGUUCUUUCAUAUUCAUUGGUUUUGUUGUCUGGAUUCUGGAACAUCGGAUAAACAAAGACUUUCGUGGCCCUCCGGAUCACCAAGUUGGCACAAUCUUUUGGUUCACCUUCUCAACCAUGGUUUUUGCACACCGGGAGCGAGUGGUGAGCAACUUGGCUAGAUUUGUAGUGAUCCUAUGGUGCUUUGUGGUUCUCAUACUGACCCAAAGUUAUACCGCCAGUUUAACAUCUCUAUUAACAGUUCAACAGCUCCAACCAACUGUUACUGAUGUAAACUUGCUCAUCAAGAAUAGGAACAAUGUUGCUUAUCAAAGAGGCUCUUUUGUUUAUGGGAUUUUGAAACAAGUAGGCUUUCAGGAUGAGAAUCUUAAGACCUUUAAUUCUGCAGAAGAGUUGAAUCAACUUUUUCACAAUGGUAGUAGAAAAUAUGGUAUUUCUUCAGCUUUUGAUGAAACACCCUACAUGAAACUAUUUCUUGCAAGAUAUUGCUCGAAAUUCACCAUGAUUCCUCCAACAUUUAAAGCCGACGGUUUUGGCUUUGUCUUCCCAAAAGGUUCGCCUCUUGCCCGUGACGUUUCGAGGGCAAUCUUAAAUGUGAGCGAGGGAGAGAAAAUGAAAGACAUUGAGCGCAUAUGGUUCAAGAAAGAAGCAAGUUGUGCAGACCCCAACAGCCUGGGCCUCUUUCUCAUUACUGGGGUUGCUUCAGCAUUUGCUCUGCUCAUAUGUGCUGCCAUGUUCUUGCAUGCGGAACGUCAGGAGAUCUUGCAGCAACUAAGACGACUUGUUCCAGGAGCCUCAUUGUGGACAAGAAUUUGUGUUGUGUUAAGAAUAUACGACCAAUGGGACCUCCGGUCGUAUACUUUUCAGAAUAAUGGACUUGAAGCACCCGCUGCAGUUCUCUGGAGGUCCGCAGCGGAUGCUCCAGCCGCAGGUGCUCCAGGAGGAGCUCCCGUUGGAGCACCUCUUGGUCAACCAGCCGGCGAUAUUGAGUUAAUUAGUGACCAUGAAAUCAUUAGAUUGCCUGAGCAAGAAAGCAAUUGA